AUUGCUGGUAUGAAAUAAUGGAAAUUUAUGAUAAAAUUUCAGACUGUUUUUCUUUAUUCUCAAAAAUAUAUUCCGAUCAGGUACUGAUAAUGUUUACCACUUGGCUUUUAUGUGCGAUACUAGCCAUUUGCAGAUCUAUAUCUCCGACGAUAAAGUAUUGGAAUGUAUACAAAAGCGACAUAGCACGUUUCCUUUCGAUAUCCGGACGGCCAAUUGUAUUGACAGAGUUCAGUGAAUAUUUCAUACGUGAAAGAAAGAAAACGCAAAUGUUAAUUUUGUAUAUAAUGAUAUAUGAAAAUCUUGAUAAUGACUAUUUCUUGCAAGUUCAAACAAUGGCAGAUUUGGUGAAAACGAGGAAAAUAGAGGUGUCCGCUAAUAUUUUUACGGUGGAAAUACCAAUAAUGCUAAGCUUCGCCGGUACCGUAAUUUCUUACAGUGUGCUGAUGAUACAAUACUUUUAUAUGCGCGUUGUCACUUCGUAAAAUGGACAAGAAAAAUACAUUCGGUUUUACAGACGUAAAAGCCGAUAUCUUACUAACAUUAUAAACGAAAGUUUCGAUGGAUGAAUGUUUGUUAGAGACUAAAACUAAAUGGCUCAACAGAUCCCGAUAAAAUUAGGCAUAGAUGAAGAAGACAGUCUGGAAGAACACAUAGACUGACCGAGUCGCGAGCUAAAGAAAGUAAUAUUAAUAUACGAGAUGAGUAAUUGAUUUAAAUUAUACAUGUUUAGAUUAAUCUUCUCUGACGUUCUCAAAACAACCUAGUUAUUAUACGUUCUUCAGAAAAUAUUCGUGGUUUAGAAUAUUAAGGA